AUGUUCGACAGCGUGGACGACGUAGUGGCCGACUUUCGGCGCGGCAAGUUUGCGAUCGUGCUGGACGACGAGGACCGCGAGAAUGAGGGCGAUCUCCUGAUUGCCGCAAGCAAAGUGACGACGGAGCAGAUGGCCUUCCUGAUCCGCCACUCCAGCGGCUUUGUGUGCAUCUCGCUUACCCCUGAACGCCUGCAAGAGCUGCAGCUGCCGAUGAUGGUGCCACAGAACGAGGAGAAGCACAAGACUGCGUAUACCAUCACCACGGACUACCGCCACGGCACGACGACGGGCAUCUCCGCGCAUGACCGCGCCCUGACGGCGCGCAUGCUGGCGGACCCCGCGCUGGGGGCGACGGCGGCGGACUUCUCGCGCCCUGGCCAUAUGAACCCGCUGCGGUACACGCCGGGUGGCGUGCUUGCGCGCCCGGGGCACACGGAGGCCACGAUCGAUCUGUGCAAGCUUGCGGGGCUGCCGCCGGCCGGCCUGCUGUGUGAGCUGGUGGACGCGGACGAUGCGAAUGGCGGCAUCGCGGCACGCGAUGCAUGCCUCAAGUUCGCCAAGGCGCAUGGCCUGCGCGUCACGACGAUCCAGGCCCUGCGCGCGCAUCUCGCUCGAUGA